AUGUCCUCGACGCGCUUCCCCCACUCGUCCUCCUCCUCGUCGACGUCCGGCUCCAUCGCCCUCGAACAAGCCAAUGCCGACCUGACACUCCUGCAACAAUCGCUCGCGAGGUCGUCCAAGAUUAGCGACCGAAUGAGCACCGUUUUGGGCGAGUUGGACGACCGGUUGGCGAGGUUGGAGAAGAGCUUGGUGCCAAUCUACAGGGAGACGGGCAAGCUGACGAGGGUGUCGAAGAACCUUGAAUCGACGAUGCGGUCAAUAGACGGCUUGCUAGGUCAUCACGACCUCGUCGAGCGAGAGGAAGGACUCAUCAAAGCGGGACCAAAGCAGGACGACCUCAAGCCCUAUCUCGCCGCCAUCGACCGCCUCGUCUCCGCGUCAGAAGCGUUGCGGAAGACGGAUGCGAAAGGUCAGAGCGCGACACUGGCUCAGAUGGACGCCCUCAUUGACUCGGGAGCCCGGCAGUUGAUCGGCAUCUUCACGAAGUGGGUCAAAGAAACGAGUCCCUCGAUGGAUGCUGGCAAGCUGUACGACCAGGGGAAGCCCUUCCCGACCCUCACUCCCUUCUUCCUCGAGAACGCGCUCCCGCUCAUCGCCUACCUCCGCGCCCUUCCCGACCCACAGAACACCUCGUCCAUCUCGUCCACUCUCCUCUCGUCCUAUACAUCCCUCCGAUCGGCCUACAUCGAGGAGAGCCUGCGGAACUGCACGAAGGAGGUCUUGGUUGACGCGACGCCCGAGAUGGUCUCGCUUACGCCGAGAAUCGGAACGGACGCGGAUAGUGCGAAGGGGGCGGGCGCCUCUGCGAGAGGUGCGGCGGAUCGGAGGGGUCUCGGGAGGGUGUUGGAUGUCAUGCUCGCGCUGGCAAAAUCGGAGCACGCUCUCCUCGGCACCGUCUUCGCCUCCCUUCCCGCAUCUCAACGAACGUCCCUCUACUCCUCCCUCCUCCGUCCUUCCCUCACCCUCCUCACCAACACCGGCCAAUCGCUCAACUCACUCAUCAAAAAGUCCGCGCACUACGCUCUCGUUCCUAUCGCUUUCGCUACGUUCCAGGAGCUGCAGGAGCGGCAGGGAGAGUUUGAGGAUUGGGUGCGAACGAAGGCGGGAAGGAAGGAGAACGAGGUGGGAGACUUGACACAUGCGUUCAGAGGGACGUGCUUGACGAGCUUGCCGGGUAUCAUCGAGGAAACAAAGUCCUGGGGCAACAAGGCGCCUGUCGGGACAGAGGCGCUUUCGGCCGCUGUUAGCCCUGUCACGAUCAACGUGGUCAACUUCAUGCGCCAAUUGACGGACUCGCAAGCUACGGCGGAGACGUUCCUCGGCGUGCUCGGUGCGGGCAAUUGGGGCGGCCCGAGCAAGACCAGCGCCGCAACAGGCGGCGAUGAGAAUGGGCUGCUGUCCCGAUACCUCAAUGACGUGCUCUCCGUCCUGCUGAGCUCGCUCGACUCUCGCUCUCGCAUCCUCCGCGGUCGGUCUGGCACAGGCGCCAUCUUCCUUCUCAACAAUGUUUCCUUUGUCCGGCACGCAGUUCUCUCGACCGCCAUCAUCGACGUUCUCGGCGAAGCAGCGGAAGACAGCCUCAACAAGCGCAUGCGGACGACCAAGGCGUCGUACCUCGAGAUCUGGUCGCCUCUUGUCUCGGCACUGCUCGACGCCGGCUUUGCGGAGCAGUCUGGCGCAGCAGGCGCGCUCAAAGCUGGUCUUGGAGCGGUCACGGGCGGCGGCGGGACAGAGCGGCGCGAGACGAAGGACCGAUUCGUCAGGUUCCACGAGGCGCUCGAGGAAGUCGAGCAGCUUCACCAGCAGGCCAAGCUUGACGACGGAGAUGUUGAGCUCAAGGAGCGGCUGCGGGACGAAGUCGACCGAAUGGUUGCGCCGACGUACGCCAAGUUCGUGCAGCGGCAUCGCAAGGACAACUACUCCACCAAGUACGUUCGGCUGGACGCAGACGGCUUGGAGGCGAAGAUUCGCACAAUCUUCGAGUAG